AUGCAUUCGUCGUGCCCAAUGGAGGCGACCUUCGUCUACAGGGGCAUCUUACCCAUCGCCAAAACGUACGGCGGUCUCGCAUGCGUCUUAGGCCACGAAAUGGCGCGCGCGAUGGCCCUCCACAGCGCCGAAAAAUUUGGGUUCUUUGACUUGGUCCUGGUCUUGCAUGACUUUCUACGGGGGGUUUCGGGCGGCACCAGCGACGUGGGGGGACGUGGUUGGAAGGCUGCGUUGAUGGAGUUCCUGCUGGUCACAGUGUUCCAGGUGGUCGUGCCACUGGCAUUUUCCCGACGGAUGGAGGGGAAAGCCGAUUACAUGGGCAUGGUGUUGGCGGUGCGGACUGGGUACGACCCCCGCGAAGCGUCGCCGCUGUGGAAGCGGAUGAUGGACGCGACGAUGGAGACGCCACCGAGUCGAGAGAGUGAUCUCCACGUGGCAGCCCCUGAGGCGUUCUUGGGCGAUUUACUGUCAACCCACCCGAGCAGUCAAAGUCGCAUUCACGACCUGUACGAGUAUGCAACGACGAUCCUAUGGGAGUUUCAACUCGCGACGGACAAGUUGGCGUUCGCUCAAGUGAUGCGGGAUUCGACCGCGCUGUUACCGUUGAUAUCGACCGCCUAG